AUGAGUAUUAUAAGCUGGAACUGCCGGGGAUUGGGCGGCACCCGGUCGGUUCGAGAACUUGUGGGCAUGGUGUCCAAACAGCGGCCCGUUUUCGUUUUCUUGAUGGAAACGAAAGCAAAAAGCAGCAAGAUUGAGGAGGUUCGUAUAAAAUUGGGUUUUGAAGGAGCGUUUGGGAUGGAUCGUGUGGGUCUAGGAGGUGGGUUGGCGUUACUCUGGCGUGACGCUGACACGGUUACGUUACUAAGUUAUUCAGUACACCAUAUCGACGUGAUGAUUGAUAUACCGGGAAAGCAGAGAUGGAGACUAACGGGUUUCUAUGGACAUCCGGACAGGUUUCACCGACAUGAGACGUGGGACUUGUUGCGGCAGCUUCAUGAUCAAUACACUCUCCCAUGGCUGGUCGUGGGAGAUUUUAACGACAUAGCAAGUUUAGCAGAGAAGAAAGGCAUACAUACACAUCCAGAAUUGCUUAUUGAGGGAUUCAACGAUGCUUUAGGUGAUUGCCACCAAAAUGACUUAGGGAUGGUGGGAGGCAGGUUCACGUGGGAGCGUGGACACGGAGCGGACGAGUGGAUGGAGGAGCGACUGGACAGAGCAGUAGCAACGGUGGAGUGGACUGACAUGUUUGAGGAUGUGUUGGUUCGGAAUCUACAUACCUUGUCGUCUGACCACAAUGCCAUUUUUGUGGAUGUGAAUCCCAGGCUGAUACGCACGGCCUUACGCAAAUUUAAGUUUGAAGCAGCCUGGCUUCUUGAGGAGGGUUGCGCCAAAGUGGUCGAGGAGGCAUGGCGUAAAUCUACGGGAUUGGCAUUCCAGGAUCGGAUCGGCAUUUGCGGUUAA